AAGAGUAUCAUGGCACGGGAUUGAGUUGCAACAAUCAAGAAAGCAACGAGCAUGAAUGUAAAGAAUUACAAUGUGGACUUUGUUGCUUGUGGGCCUCGGCCCAACUGCUGCCCAAGAGUCCAAGACACACAAACAUGAGCUAUGCUCCUCCACCUAUGUGCACCCUCCUUAGCCUACACCACACCCUUCUCUAUCCUCAUUCAAGAUCUUGUGCUGAAGUGGCUCAUGGAGUCUUGCUUGGGUCCCCGGCGGCAGGUAUCAGUCACCAGAAAGGUAAAGAAAACCGUUAGCAAGGCUACGAACCUUCUCGAAGGCUAAAAAGAAGGCUCAAUCCCAACUCCCGAAUCUGGUAAAACUUAUACGGUACACCAACAGGUCUAACCGAGACCUUCGAGAUGGUUCGUUGUUUACAUGCUUAAGCUUCGCAUAAGCGAUUUCAUACCAAAAGCUCUUGACGAGCAGUUGUGUCUCGCCCUUUGUUUCCACAGCCCCCAACUCAAGAUCGUUGACCCGGCGCCUGGUAAGCUAGCAAGAAGAAGCAAAAAGAGAGUCUAGUAAAAGCUCAAGGGUUGGAUCGCUUCCUCUCUCCGGGCCGAUGCAAAAUAAGAGCAUUUUAACCGGAGAUUUCUGGGCGGAUUUGAAGAGACUGAGCAGUGUAGUGACUACUUUAUUUUCCCUUCCAGAAAGAAAGAAAUUCACCACACUCCAUCUCAUCUCCCUCCCCUUCUCUGCCACAGCAACCCAGCAACACCAACCAUAGUGUUGGUCCUCCCUCUUUAACUCACAGCCCACCUACCACCAUCGCGGGCAGUGCAGCACCAAUCACGCAACAACAACAUAAGAAACGCAACCAAAACAGAGAAAAAAACAGAGCAUUAUUGGUUCGUUCGAACCCGUAACGGAGUUCGACCGAACCGAAAAUUUAGAGUUUCUGAUUGUAUGAGGUUCGGUAGAACCUCAAUGGAGUUCGCCCAAACCGACAAAAGUUCGACCGAACACCUAAUUAGUUCGACCGAACCUGUUUCAUCGCUCAAAUUGGUACGGAAUUAAUGAGGUCACGUGGUUGCGCUCGUGGUUGAGGUUCUUUCUUAUGUUCGAUCUGCCGCCGUACAUGGUUCAAUCAAGGGCUGCAAUUUCUGAGGAAAGGUUCGAGUUUGAAUUGGAUGGCCACAAUUGAUCGAUGAUGUUGAUGGACGAAGGAGAUGAUGGGCUGAUGUCGCUGAUGUUUGAGGAUUGAUGAUGAAGAUCGAUUGACGGUGGAGAUGAUGAUGCAGGCGGUGAUGAAGAUGAUGGACAGCAGCGAAAAAGACGAAGAAGAAACAAUUUCGUGGGUCUGAUUGGUAUUGAGGGGAGGAGUUUCCCUUUUUGUUUUUACUAGCCCAACUACUGUUUACGUUUACAAAAACUUGAAUAAGGCGGACUGACAGCGUCAGACGGGUGACGUGGCAGCGCGGGUCGUGACGCGGGUCAGGACGCGGGUCAAAUCCGAAUCGGAGAGAGAAACCGCCGAGUUCUUCCAUUUCAGGAGAGAGAAAGCUUCUACUCUUUGAUCUUCUCUUCGAUUUCAUCAAUUUCUGGUUUUGAAGGUGUGAUUGUGAUAUUUUCCGAUUUACUUCAAGUUUCGUUUCAGUUCACAUAAUGAGGUCAAAAAAUGCAAACAAAGCAUCUGAUUAUCACGAUGGUGGGAAGUCGAGUCAAGAUGUUGAAGGCAGUUCAAGGCCGACUGAAGAUAUUCCAGGUAGUCCAAAGCUGAGUGCAGAUGAGAGGAAAAUUGGAAGGGGGCCAAAGAAGUCGAAAGUUGAAGUAGAAUAUACGGAAGAUGGCGGGGAAGUUGUAGAGUUGGAUAGGGGUUACAAACUAAAUUGUAGACCAGAGGCGUUGAUUAAUCUUCUUAAUUCUAUAAAGAAGAAUGAAAACAAAGUGAAAGCCAUUAAAGAGAUAGGUUUUGGUGGUUUGUUGAUUGUUCGACUUCAUGAAGUCAUAACACGCCUUGUUCCAUGGCUGCUUCAACAUUUUAAUUGUGUUGGUCAUAUGCUCCAGUUUGGAGAAACACAAAAUGUUCAGUUAUAUGAUUAUGAUGUCUAUGACGUCUUUGGCUUGCCAUGGAACAAGGAUUUUGAUGUUCAAGAGACUCCAAGAAAGCGGGUUGAAGGAGAUGCCAACCAUGAAAUGAUUCAAAGAUGGAAUGAGAAGUUCCACAAGAAACCAACUGUUCAGGCACCCACCUUGACGGAGUUGGAAUCUUUUUUGAAAACAGAUGAAUGUGGAGAUGAUUUUAAACGUGUCUUUGUGGUAUAUGUUUUAGGUGUAUUUUUGGCUCCUACGUCUAACCGGUUGUUAGACAUCAAGGUUUUGAAGGCUGUUGAGGAUGUUUCACAGAUUGUGAAACAAAAUUGGUGUAAAUACGUGUUAAACCAGCUUGGGUUUGCUGUCGAGAGGUGGAGAGCGAGUGUCAAAAAUGACAAGGUUGGUGGCUGCGUUCUAUUUUUGGAGAUAAUUUAUCUCCAAAGAUCGUUAUUUCGGGGUGUAGUCCCCCCUAAGGAAAUCCCACUUGUUCAACAUUGGAAUGAUGAACAAGUGACUGAACGUCUGGUUUCCGAAGAAAAGAUGGGUUUUGGGGUAGCUUUGGUUGAUAUAACCAGCUAUCCCGUGUCUAAGACUUUUGCUGAUUUGUUAGGGGGUCUUAACCCUAUCAAACUCGAGGUUCCUGAAGCUUCUGCUGCUCCUGAAGCUUCUGCUGCUCCUUCUGCUUCUGUUGCUCGUGCUGCUUCUAGUGCUCCUGCUGCUUCUGCUAAAGCUUCGAAAGGUGCACCGGGUAAUUCCCAAGCUGAUCGAAGCAGGAUUAUUGAGUUUCAAAUUCCGGAAAGUGCUCAAACAGAUGCUGAAAUUCAAGCUACCUGCGAUGAUGAGUUGCAAUUGGCAAUGAGAAUAUAUUGUCGCGAUUUAUAUGUUGUGUCCAGUUUCCAUAAGGACCGUAUAAAUUUGUUAAAGAGUCGGCGACAAGAAUUAUCAGACAGUCCAGGAUACAGUGAUCCUGUGUUUUUGGAGAUAAUUGACUCAAUUGUUGCCUAUGCUGAACACUUGAGAAACGAAAAUAAUGUUGUUGAUGAUAAUGCUCCUUCUCAAGCUGUUGAUGGUGCUGCUGACAAGGGGCCAAUUCAGGAGAAUGUUGGUGCUGCUGACAAGGGUUCUGGUGAUAAUGGACCUGGUGAUAAGGGGCCAAUUGAGAAAAAUGUUGAAGGUUCUGGAAAUGUUGCUCCCCAAGAUGCUGAACCUGAACGAGAAGCUAGGAGUUUCUAUAGCAGUCUUCCCAUUGGUUCUGCUACAAAAGAAGUCUUCUGCUUAUCUGAGUUAAUGGGGAGAUUUCCGAAGACCCUCGGUCGUCUGAGGAGACUGGAAAAAGAAGUAAUUGACUUUUGUUUCUUGGAUGAUGAGGCACUUGAUCAACGGGCUGAUGUUUUUAUUUUUGGGAUGCUCCACAAAAUAAAUAGGGAGGAAAUGCAAUGUUUGAUUCCUGAGGAAUAUAUCUUAUCCAACAUUCUAUUCUCUUGA